AUGCCACUUUACAGUAGAUCAUCCAUGCCACUUCACAGUAGAUCAUCCAUGCCACUUCACAGUAGAUCAUCCAUGCCACUUCACAGUAGAUCAUCCUUGCCACUUCACAGUAGAUCAUCCAUGCCACUUCACAGUAGAUCAUCAAUGCCACUUUACAGUAGAUCAUCCCUGUCACUUUACAGUAGAUCAUCCAUGCCACUUCACAGUAGAUCAUCCCUGCCACUUUACAGUAGAUCAUCCAUGCCACUUCACAGUAGAUCAUCCCUGCCACUUCACAGUAGAUCAUCCCUGUCACUUUACAGUAGAUCAUUCAUGCCAAUUUACAGCAGAUAA